GUUUUGUUGUCGCGACUGACCCAACCUCCGCCGCCAGACAAUGAUGGCCCCAUUAUUUUGUUAUUCUGUCAAGACAUCGGCCGCACUCUGCGCCGCGCUUCUCGUCCGAGCCGCCGAAGCGACAGAUGGUGCCACCCGUCGACCAGCCGAGCUCGCUCAGCAGCCCAUGUUUGGAACCCACUGCCUCCCGGGGCCGUUCCAACUCGACGCUUAUCCGACUUGCGUGACCGCGGCAGACGAAGGCGAUAGACCUUGGGCGCCUUGGACGUCUCGUCCAUACUGCGCCGACAACACCAGCUACUGCGUCUUCACCAACUCGCAUUUUCGGGGCCCAAACCGGGGCGUGAGCAUUAUUGACGUGCGGCCGUCCGGCUCGGACAAUCAUGCCGCUUCGGCACUUACCUCCAUCGCCGAAUUCCUUUCGUCACUUGCCGCUUCUCCUGGCUCGCGGGCCGACGAACCGCCAUCCCCGUUCGAGGUGCGAGAUAUCCCGCGAAAAGGGAAAGGACUCGUCGCCACGCGCAAGAUCCCGCGCGGCCACAGCUUCAUGGUCGACUAUGCCGCCAUCGUAGCAGAUGCCCAACUCCCACGCCUUGUUCGGCGGGCCCAAGGACUGCAGCUCCUGAAGGAAGCCGUCGAGAGGUUGCCAGGGGCAGAUGAGGUUUUGGGUCUGGCAAGGAGCAGCUCUGACCCUGAUAACGUGCCCGUGGUCGAGGACGUCAUAAGGACCAACUCCUUCACUGUGGAAAUCGCCGGCAAAGACUAUAUGGCCCUGUUUCCAAGGAUCGCUGUGAGUGGACUAGCAACCUGUAGUUAAAAACUGGCAUUAUUAAUUAUGCGCA